AUGCCCACCGUUCCCACAGACACGCAAACCCCUUCCCCUACACACACAUCUCCCACAAACCCCUGCUCUCGGCUCCACAUUCCUACACCUAACACGCUCCCCCCAACAAACUCCCCUUCCUGCGGGUCUCCACGGUCACCUUCGCCAGCCAUCCUUGCCCCAAGCCUAACUUCUCACCCCACGGUGGCGAGGGGCUGCCUUCCACCGAAGACCGACACUCUCAAGCUGGUCUCCCCGCUCCACAUCCUCCCACACACGCACCCUCCCCACUUCCUCGCCCUCGCUUCCCUCUCGGCUCCCGAAAAGCUCUCCCCAACCUCCCCUCGCUCUUCUCCACACCCCCAAACACCUUCACCCCGCCACGGCAGCCUCCCCGCCUCCAGCCCCGAGGCCCAGCCGGGGCAUGUGGGGCAGGCGCCCCCUCUACCGCCCCUCAUGCCUGACCCUGGCCGGAGGCUCCCGCGUCGGUGGGAGCCUCCAAGAAAGGGGUCUGAGGAGGACGACGCUGAACCCGCGGUCCGUCUACUGCUUGCCGCCCCCGGAGCGCUGGGCCCCGGGUUUCCCAGCACCAACUCCAGCGCUCGGGUUCUCCCUUCCCCUCCCCCCACCUAUCUCGCAGCCGAGGGCCCGCCUUCCUUCAGCUCCCCCUCCUCCCUCCGCCCUCCGGCCCGCCCGCCCGCCACUCACCAGCGCGGCUGGUCUGCGAGUGGGGGCGGGGCGGAGGGAGGUGGAAAGGAAGAAGCUGUCCGCGCGAUUGCCAAAUCGAAAACAAUCCGGGUCUCCCACCUCUCGACAUACCGAUGUCCUUAG